GCUUCUGGGGUGCCCUAGCUCCCGGGCGCAGCCUCGAGCUUGCCAUUGUUCGGGCGUUAUUAGCGAGAACUGUUUGGUUUCGCAUGCACAUUUUUACACUCGCUUUGGCCGCCGGGUUUAGCGCGCUUGCAAGCGGGGGGGGGGGCUAAAAGCUGUUUUCUUUUCCCGAUCGACUAGAGGACGGGUCGGGGUCGGGUUCCUUUGCUUUCCAGCGAGCCCCUUGAACCGGGUCUGACUGCAAUAUUGCAAGCUGCAGAAAUCUCGGGGGGGGGGCAGGCAUUGGAAUCCGGGACACUUGCCUCUCCAAUGAUGCAAUGUUUUUGCAACAUGCAAAACGACCCUCCACAUCCGUGUGUAUUGGGGAUAAAAGCCUCGGGGGGGGGGUUAAUAGCGCCGGGGGUCUACACACACCAGCUUCAAGCAGAGAAGGAGGCUGCUAGCAAAGCCCUGGCGGCGGGCGGAGCUCUCCAGAGCUUGUGUGUAGGGAGAAUUGUGCACGGCGGAGUGAAGCCCCCUUCCCCCGCAUGCCCUGCUUGCGGGGGGGGGGCGGGGGGCAGGGCACGGAAAGCGCGGAGAGCUCCCUGAGAUCGCCCCAGGGUUCAGGGCGGGGACAUGGCAGAGCCGCAGCCUCGCCCCACCCAGCCCCAGCCUGACACCAUGUGACGCCAGCAGGAGCCUCCGAUAUAAGGUGGCGGCGCUCGGCGAGCCCCCACUGGUGGCUUCAGCCCGGCUCGCGGUUGUCGCUCGUCCGGCCCCUGCCAGCCCCCUUGUGUUGCGCCCGGCCCGUGGUCGGCUCCGUCAGCCCCGUGAGCGCCCUGCCGAUCCCGAGCGGCGAGAGCCCGCUAGCCCUGCCCCUGUGCGCCGUGGCCAUGAGCACCGAGCUCUACCAGUCCGCCAUGGAGGUGGCCGUGUACCAGCUGCAUAACUUCUCCAUCUCCUUCUUCUCCUCGCUGCUCGGCGGGGACGUGGUCUCCGUCAAGCUGGACAACAGCGCCUCCGGAGCCAGCGUGGUGGCGAUUGAUAACAAGAUCGAGCAGGCGAUGGAUCUAGUGAAAAACCACCUGAUGUAUGCCGUGCGGGAGGAGGUGGAGAUCCUCAAGGAGCAGAUCAAAGAACUGGUGGAGAAGAACUCCCAGCUGGAGCGAGAGAACAGCCUCUUGAAAACCCUGGCCAGCCCUGAGCAGCUGGAGAAAUUCCAGUCCCGGCUGCCAGCAGAGGGGCUGUCUGCAGAGGAGCAGACGGGCGGGGCAGCUGCCCCGGCCCAGCACACCGGGGGCUCUGCGGUGUAAGGUGGCUCUGUCCUCGGAGUGGGCAGAGCCACUGAACUCUUUCUACUUAAUCUCCUUAAAAGUUGUUUCCUCCCUCAUCUCAUGUGGAGAACUUCCCAAGCUAGCGAGAGCUACAAGAUGUGCCGGGGCGUUGCCCCAGCUGCUGGGACACUGACUGGCUCUGAAGGAGCGAGGUGGGACACUGCACAGCCAGACGACCCCCAUGGGGGGCCUCUUUGCAAAUCCGUGAGAGUGCAGGGGCUGCACAUCCGGUCAUGUGCCCUCGCUGUACCGUUCGGCAGGGCUCCUGCUGCACUUGACAAAGACUGAUCCUUGGAGGAAGCCAGUUGUUGCUGAGGAGAUACAAAUCUGCCCCUCCUGCCACCCUGGAAUGGGCCUGGGGUAGGAACCAAAAACUGACCUCGUCAGCACUUUUGUGUUGGCGGCUGUGGACAGUGCAUGGCUUGUGCACACCACAGGUUGGGGAUUACAAGGAAAGCUUUGUUUCGUUAGUGCAGGGAUCUUUAUAUCCUUAGCUGCAUCUAAGGAACGUAUACACGCCACCAGUGCUGGGGAUGGCUACCAAAGCCUGGGGCUCAUGGGGGGCUCUAUGGAUGGUGCUGCCCAUAGCUGUAUGCCUGGGGCCGGCUGGGGAUUCCAGCCGAGUGUGGAGGUGGGCCGCUUGGAUGGUGUUUGGAAAUAAAUGGGUGACUGGAGCUGUCUCGCUGUGGGAUAGAUUUUUAUACAUAGCUCGGUCUGUAUACAGACCCCCCCAGGAGGGAGAUUCCUCGUCCCCCAGCCCGCCCAGUGCAGGGCCACAGGACACCCACAGCAGAGAUUUUAUAAUAAAACAUGCCAAUGAGACCCGCCUGUCAUGGACGGGGUGGCAUGGCCCCUUGGGGGGCGAGAGCCGAGGUUAUUUGCUCCAUGAGCGUCCCCCCCUCGAGACAGCUCUCGCGGAGCGGACGGGGCUUCACUCUUGAUGUUAGACUGUCAGAGCAUUAACAUGACUGUGUGAAUCUAACUAGAAAUGGCAAUAAACUCUACUUUUGAUAAUA